ACGCGCAUGAUGGCGGCGCUGGUGUGGGCUCGGUGAGGGGAGGGGGGGUUUGAUCGCGCCCGCAGCCACUCAGCGGCCUGGCGCCGGCCCUGGCCUCGGCCCCGGCCCCGGCGCGGCGCGGCAGGCCCGCCCGCCUCGCUCGCCCCGCGCAGACAUGUCAGAACCCCGGAGGGUGGCCUUCAACACCGUGAGCGCGCCCGAAGCCGUGCCCGCGCCUCCCGCUGCCCCCAAGAAGAAGCGGCGAGAGGAGCGGGGCGACCAGGGCAACGUGCGCUUCGGCCUGAAGCUGAGCGAGCCGAGCGAUCGCAGCCACACGGAGUACAACUACAACGAGCUGCUGCGGGAAGCCAAGAGAAAUUCUUCCAAUCCUGAUGAUCCUUUUAAUGAUGAAGAGAAAGAAAGGAAAGAAGUGGAAGCAAUAGCAAAGAAACUUGAGGAGAAAUAUGGUCAGAAGAACCACAAGCGACGGAAAGACCGCAUGCAGGAUUUAAUUGACAUGGGAUACGGCUAUGAUGACACUGAUCCAUUUAUUGACAACUCCGAAGCAUAUGAUGAAUUGGUUCCAGCCUCACUGACAACGAAAUAUGGAGGAUUUUACAUAAAUACGGGAACACUGCAAUUCCGCCAGACAUCGGACACUGAAGAUGAAGAUGUGGCGGGGAAGAAAAGAUUGAAAUCACCUAAAAAACAAAAAUUAAGAGAUGGUGAAGACAGGGUGGUGAAAAAACAAAGAAGGAAGGAUGAAGGGGGGAUGAAAGAGAAGAAGCCAAGGAAGCUGAAAGUCCCCAAGGAGUCUGGAGUGGUGGCCCUUAAUGCAGUCAAGCACCAGAAAAAGAAGCGGAGGAAUCAUAAUGACACACUUUCGCUGGCUGCAAUGCUCAAAAAGUUCCAAAAGGAGAAAGAAGCCAUGAAGAAGCAGGAGACCAACGUGAAGCAACCGCCUGCCUUUCAGCUGACCGAUCAGUCCACAAAGAAUCCUAGCAUUUCCGAGUAUAACCUAGCUGCCUCCGAUCAAGUCUUUUCGAUUCUAGGAAAUUCCAAUGAGAACGACUUACUUCAGGAAGCUGCCAAUGCCAUGGAGUUGCUUGGGGAUUUGGACAUAGAUAAGCUGCUGGCAGAAACACCCAGUGGAAGCCCGGCCUCUGAACCUGAGGAAAGCAGCAACACUGCUGUGUCCUCGAGCUGCAACCUGCCCACCCAGAGCCAAAAGCAGGUGCCCCAGUUGCCAUCAGGAAUAUCCGCCCAACUUGAAAAACGCAUUCACGAUCUUAAGACCCUGCGUUCUAUGAAUUCGAUCAGUGAAGUGUCUGCUGGCAAAGUUUCUGAAGGGGAAGGAAAGAAGAAAUUUUUCACCCCAGACAUUAAUACCAUCUUGCUGGAUAUUGAGUUACAAGUGCAGGAUCUGAAUCCGACUCAGCGUUCAGGAGUGUACAGCUAUCUGGCUUCUUUCUUGCCCUGCAGUAAGGACCAGUUGAUGAAACGUCUGAAGAAGCUGCACCUCAAUGAGCAGGAUGAGCGGUUACGUGAUCCUACACAGAAACUGAAGGAAGCAGUGGCAAAUGCAAUGCCGGCACAGUUGAUAAAAUACCAGGAAGAACUGCAAGCACACACAAAGGCCCGGUCUGCCAAGAUAGCAUCUGAAGAGGAUCGAGAUAAAAAUGGAUCUGAAGAGGAGGAUGACGAUAAGCCAGGCCGAAGGGUAUCAGGACCACGGAAAAAGUUUCUUUGGAAUGAUUAUGUCAGGGAUUUGCUGUGUAAUCUGGUGAAGAUAAAGCUGGGAUGUUAUGAACUGGAGCAAAACAAAUCACAGUCACCAGAGGAUUAUCUGAAAGCUUUUAUGGAAACUGAGGUGAAACCUAUCUGGCCUAAAGGUUGGAUGCAGUCAAGGAUGCUGCUGAAGGAGAGCAAGAAAGUGCAUAAUCAUCUGACAGCCACACCAGCCAAGAAGAAGGUGAUACUGGCACCGAAACCAAAAGUUAAGGAUUUAAGCCCAAAGAAAGAACAGAAGCUUUCUGCGCCUGCCGAUGCUGGGCUGAAGGGGCUGCCAAUGGGCAACAUCACAUCUAUCAAUAUCUCGAGUUCCAGUUGUACCCCAAACCAAGACACUAUUUACUUGGAUGAUUCUCUGGAUGAGGAUCUAACCAUUAAACCCCCUUCCUUAGAAUCUGUGUCAGAUGCGUUGUCUGUCUUCAACAGCACACCCAAGACCACCAGAAUUGUAAAUAAUUCUGUCCCAGGCACACCACGGCCACAGCCUAUGAUGAAAGAGGAUAAAAAGGUUGUGGCCAAGGCCACACCUCUGACAGUUUCUCCAAAAGAAGCUGCAUCCUCCCCAAAACUUGUCGCAUCCUCCCCAAAACUUGUCGCAUCAUCCCCAAAACUUGCCACAUCACCAAAAGAAGCCACGUCCUCUCCAAAAGUGACCACGCCUUCUCCGAAGGUGACAACACCGUCAGCAAAGGCGACCACACCCUCUCCGAAAGCAUCCACACUUUCCCCCGUACCUUCGACCUUCAGUCAUUUGUUUGGUCACAGUUCAAGCACCAAGAAAUUCCAGGAUGCAGGUCGACCAGGAAUGAGCAGCUUGAUAGCUGGCUACACAGCUCCUUCGCCGCAGGCACCCAAGGCUCCUUCUGUGGCCUGCACGGCCAAACAGCAGCAGUCUGGUGCACAGAGGCAGAGCCAGUCGCAGGCCCAAAUCAACAAGCAGUCCCCCCAGUCCAGCGUGCAUCACAACAGCCUCACGUCUCCCUCACACGUCAUCAGCAAGGUUCACCAGAACCCUGUGGUGAAGCUGAACACCUGUCCGCAGCACCUGCUCUCGAGUCACUUGCCGCAGGUGUCAGAGAAGCCGGCUGCCUACCAGACAUCGUUUGCCCCCUCGGCCACCAGCAGCACACACGUCCCCCACAGUUUGGCCUCUCGGACGAGCGUCAGCCCAUCUACCUCUGGCAGUUACUUGCCGAAAGCCACGGUACCCGUCAGCACCUCGGUGCAAGGCUUCAAGCCUCCGUUUACCAUGGCUGGCCCUCUCAAGACUGCCACCACUUCCAGCACAGGGAGCCAGAGUGUGUCAGCGGGGACGGGUAAUCCGGGCGGGGGCUCCGCCAGCAGGCAAGGCAGUGCCAAACUCUCCAACAGGCCGUCAUCCGCCAGCUCGGCCAUCGGUCAACAGCAGUCAGCGUCCCUUGUGAAAAAAACCUCAGUGCCUCAGAAACUGGCCAGCCCUUCCGGUCCCGCCACACCCGGCAAAACCGGCGCGGCCGCCACAGUCAGCCGCAGCAGCUUGAGCACGAGCGGGGUGCCCGUCAAGAGCAGUGGAGCAGCAGGGAGGAGCAGUGCUGCCGGAUCAGUGGGCCCCAGCACCACCAGCCGCUGCACCGUCAGCUCCAGCGCCUCUGUCAGCAGGACCGGGACUGUGAGCAAUUCGGCCGCUAACAGGGGCAGCCCGACCGGAGCUGGCACAAGGACUAAUGUGAGUGGGGGGACCGGAAGUGGUGCUCAGGUUGCUAUAAAAAUGCUGCCCUCCCUUCACAGAACUUCCUCUGCCUCAGGAUCAUCCGCUGGUAUCCAGGUGACUUCUGGAUCAACAUUGUUGGCAAACACGUCACCGCUGACUCUCAUGCCAUCCCCCCUGAAUGUAACAAAUCUCAAUGCGACGUCUGCAUCCUUGAACACGGCGGCAGCAUUCAGCAUGUUGGGCAGUCUGGUUCCUGUUUCCCUUCCCUUCCAGCUGCCACUCAACCUGCUGAGCUUUGCACCAGAAGCCACCGUCUCCACCACCGCGCCUACUGGAUCUACCUCAGUUACGUUCCAGCACAACUUUACACAGAAUAUUUUGAAAGGUUUUCAGUCUGGUUCUGCACAGCUUUCCCGAUCGAGUGUACCAGCCCACUUACAACAGAGCUAUACAGAUGGCAACCAAAACCAGGGAGACUCUUCAAAGGUCCAGCGGAAAUCACAGUGACCUCUAGGAAUGGAGUGACACAGGACGUGUUGGAUUGAAGUCUCCUGAUUGGUCCAGUUGCCUCCAUUCGGAGGUCUCUCGCUGGGUACAUGACUGAGGGCAUUUUCCUUUCGUUAUGUUUAUAAAACUUGUGACCCAGAGCACUGUGGGAAAGGGAACAUAUUUUACUGAGUCGAUUCACAAAUGGGACCUAACGAAGCUUGAGCUGGACAGGCCAAUCUGUCCGUUAGCUCAUCUGCUAACCAGGAGGACUUCAGCCGAGGAUGAACUGAAAUGGUGAAAGAGGAUUCCAAAGCAAAAGGUUACUCAACAAGCACAGCAUUUAUUGUACAAGAUAUGUGUAGCGCAGUCUAGGGGUGGGCCCAGAGGUCUAAGGCCUAUGAGGGGAGGAGACAAGGGGGAGAGUGGGUGCCAGAGAGGAGGAUUAGAGUUGGGGGUAGGAAGCGAGAGGCCAAGAAGGUCAAGGGCCAGAAUCCCAGAGAUAGUCAAGAUGGUGGGGGAGAAAGAUGGUCAAGCAAGAUCAAGUGAGAGUGUAAGCCCAAAGGCUUGAAGUACGAAAGAAUCCAGCACCCAUGAUGUGUGAAAAAUAGGUGGGGAGAGGGGCAGGAGGGAGCAGAAGAUUGGAGUAAGGUGUCUGCUCAAGAACAAAGGAGAGGGGCUGAAAGUGAGAUGGGGGGAAGAGUUCCAGCAAGCCUGAGGGCUAGAAGAUAGGCAAGGCGAUAUAAGAUGAAGGGGCAUGGGAAAGGUUGGGAGAAGAUAACAGUGGUGGAACAGGAUGAGGAUCGAGGGGGUGGUGUGUGAGGAAAAUGGAGUUGAUGGGUGACCAGAUGGACGCGAGAGAUGGGGCAGAUGUCAGGGAGGUCUGGGCAAAGGAGCUUCAGGAAAGAUUAGGUGUCGGGGAGCACGCAAGGGAGGGGUGGGUGGUUGGUUUGAGAUAUGGAAGCAGAUUAAGGUAGGCUGGAGAAGGGUCAGUGGAGCAGUUGAGCUUUGGGAUGUACGAGUAGGUUGGGAUUGCUGGAGAGCGAAUGAUCAUUGGGGGCUGGAGUGAGAGUAUUGCAAAGACUGAGGCCAAGUGGAGCCAUGGGCCCAUGUAGAAUGUGGAACAGAGUGAUGUCAAAGAGAGUUGCAGGGCAAGGCUGAACAUUAAAUUGGAAGCUCAAGACAAAUGACUGUUCAUUACAUGCUUUAUUUAUCCAAUACCCAGUGAGCCUUAUGUACAGAUAGUAUUGAGACACUGAAAUGAAGUUUGGAGAGCUUGAAAUGUUUUUGAAUGCGUGUGGAAACAGUGGGUAGGGGUGGAUGCCUUAACCCAGUUGGCACGGGAGGGGUCUGCAGUGACCCUGACAUUCAAACCGGUCCGCGAGUUGGUCAGUCAUUGGUUGGAAUAACGUGUAAUUAGCAAUACUGCAGAUCGGGCCAAAUGUUGAUUGAUAGCUGGAUAACAGGGAGUGGUGAGAAUCGUACAAACCACUCUGUGGAGCCUUUGUCAGCCCAGAAUCAACUUCCAAUAUAGUUCAAUCCUUUUUGUUCUUUCAAAGUGGGGUGCAUCUUCUGCUGACAAAACAGACUGUAUCACAUAUACUAUAUUUAGCUACUGGUUCCAUGGCCACGUGAGGCUGUGGUGUCUUCUAGCAGUUCUGGCCUGCCUUUGGAUAUGGAAGGUUCAUGUACUUUAUAUUGCAGCAUACCUUUAAUAUGUUUGGGUUUCUUAAUGUAAUCUGAUGAGGGCUUUCAUUAAUCAGCACCCAAACAGUUGCAUUCCUUUGCUGAGAUUAUACAGUGUGGUGAUUAACAGGUACACACCUUCAAAAGAGAUGAAACAUUAAACUACAUUCCUACCAGCUUUAAGCAUCUGGUGUCCAUGUUGGCGUUUAACUCUGGGUCUUCAUGUUGAGAUUUGACCUGCCUUUUGAAACUGACCCAAACUGGCUUGGUCCUGUGGCUCUGCCGAUACAGGACAAGGCAAUGAUAAUUGUUAUAUGCAACCCUAAACCCUUCACAAUAGACAGGAAGCAGGCAUUUUGCCUGAAAGUUCAAACACCAGCUGUAACGUGAGCAUUAGAAUUUUUUUUUAAAGUCAGCAACAUUCGCUGAUGUCCUCUACUUGAAUACCUUGUGAACACACCCCACUCGAAUGAAAUAUCAUAGCGGCUGCCCAUGUAGGAAUGCUGUACCCCAGACACAAACAGCGAGGAGAGGAGAUGACAAAGAACCAUGUGGGAGUGAUAACAUCCACCCUUUAAAUCUCCACCCCCACCCCAACAAACUUUCCUGCUCUAGAUUAUAGAACACGAAAGAAUGAAUGUGAUUGGGAAUGGUGGAGAGUAGAAUGGGGUUCCACCCAGGAAUCUUUUGCAGAAAACACUGGCCAUGUUGAUUUGAGACCAUGAGGUUAACACAUUCACAGUUAGAUAAUGUAUUAGUAAGAUUUGGGAGAUGAGGUGGAGGAAGCCCUUCGACAUUGUCAUUGGGGCUGAAGAAACCUUUCUCUUUGUCCAGACCAUUUCAACAAUUGAGUAUUUUUAGAUAAAAUGAAGAUUUCUUUCUUUCUGAUUUUCUGAUGGUUAUAAUAUUCCAAUGCCGGGAGUUAAGUUGCCCUUGAUCUGUGAGGGCAGUGAGAGAACUCAUGUAUGCAUACUGGAGGUCAGGCAGAGCUCACUACCAAUACCCCCUCAAGUCAAAUUACUGUCAAUAUUCUCAACAAAUUAAAGAAAUCUCCAGGUCUGCUACCCUUGGCCUUGCUGAAGGCAUUAGAUAGUGUCCUGAAUCAUAUAAUCCAUCCAUUGCCCAAGCCCAAGCCAGCUAGCGUAGGUACCUGACACAGAAUGGCAGUGUGUUCUUAAAACAUGGCAAUGUUUUAGUGGUUGCAUUGUUUGCGAACGAAUUUAAUUUAUAAAUAACAACACUGGUGUCUGCAUAAAUAAAAUACUGCAGAUACGAAAUAAAAAGCAAAAUGCCGGAGGUGCUUGUCAUGGGGCAGUAUCAGUGGAGAGGUUUCUGCUCAACAGUGGCAGCUCUGGUGAAACCUCACAACAGCACUUGUGUUUCUAAAGCUCUCAAAUACAGACUUGUCCAAAGAGAGUUUAUCAGCAGAACAGUUUUUAAACUAAUUCCUGAGAUAGAACAAGGCACACAAAAAGCUGGAGGAACUCAGCAGGCUAGGCAGCAUCUGUGGAAAAGAGUGAACAGUCAACGUUUCGGGUCGAGUCCUGAUGAAGAGCCUCGCCCCGAAACGCCGGUUGCUAACUCUUUUCCAUAGAUGCUUCCUGUCCUGCUGAGUUCCUCCAGCAUUUUAUGUGUAUUGCUUGGAUUUCCAGCAACAGCAGGUUUUCUCGUCCCUGAGAUAGAACACCUUGUAUUUCCUGCACUUAAUGUCAUGGUGGCCAUUUAAGAAUACGUUUAGUAGUCAAACAUGUUCACUUCCAUAACACUAGAGGGAGAUACUUUCUCUCUCAGCAAAGAUGAUCUGAUUUAGUGAGCUUUGCUGGUACAGUACAGCACAGGAAGAGGAUAUUCGGCCCACGUGUUGUGCCAAACCGGCUAAAAGGCAAAUCAGAAACACCCAAACACUAGUCUCUCCUACUUACAACAUGUCCAUAUCCCUCCAUCUUUUUUACAUCCAUGUGCCUAUCCAAAUGUCUCUUUAAAAAAAAAGCCUCUGAUGUAUUUGCCUCUACCACCAUACCAGCACAUUCCAGGCACCCAUGACUCUCUGAGUGAAAAAACUUAGCCCUCACAUCCCCUCUCACCUUCAGUUCCUGCCAUCUGGUUUCCUGUUUUUGUUUGGUUUGUCCAGGUUUGCUGAACCUGUAGCUUCAGGCAGAUGGCCUGUGGAAUGUGCCUCAGUUGGGUCAGGAACCAUCAGUGGGGUGAGAUACCCCCUCUAUGAUUAGUCCAGGGCCGUAAACACUUAAUGAUGGAAGUGGCCAUGGAGCCGUUUCUCACAGGAAUCUGCCUUUCACGUUUGUUGGGGUGUUUAAAGGUGAUGUGUGGGAAUGGCCGUUCCCUCCAAAGGUGAAGAGACAGAAUUCUGACUACUUGGUGCCAGGUGUUCAGGAGGUAUCCAGGAAAAGGCAGCAGAGUACAGGACUUGAUCAGUCAUUGUGUCACCUAGUAGUGGAUAGAUCCUCUCUGGGAAGAGAGGCUCAACAUGAAGGUUGGAUGCCUGUGGGAUUCUACUCACUCAGGGCAGUUGCUUGAUCAUUCACACCAGACUGUUGUUGUUACCAAGGAUUGUUAUCACAUGCUUCCCAGCACCCAAUCUCAUGUUGCCUUUUCUUUCUCAAUCCUCUCAAGUCCUACUGGGCAUCCAACAGUUAUUUUGUGCCUUUCAAUUGUCACCACUUAGAAACAGUGAACGCUGAAACCCAUUCACUUGAUACUCGCAUGUCUGUCGGUUUCUGCUACAGGAGAAAAGCUGUAAGAGGGUAUUUGUUCCCUCUGGAUUUGGUUAUUUUGCUGAGGGAUUGGAUAUUUGCAGGAAUAUCUCUUGAUUCCUGCAAUUCUCUCAGCUCCUUGCCUCUACCCCUCACAAACCCAUUUUUGACAAAGUCCAAGUGCUUUUGGAUUGUCGGAUAAAUUAUUAGACCUCUAGAAAAUUGCAAUGUUAAAACUCCUAAAUCUCUGCAGAUCCACCCUGUUUACCUGGAGCCACCUAGCUUGUAGUUUAAUGGAUCAUGAAAGAGAAACAGUCAUGGGAACAUCAACCUGAAACAUUAACUCUGCUGCCUGACCUGCUGAGAAUUCCUGGGCUUUCCUGUUUUUUUUUUAAUUUCCAGCAGGAUCUUAAUGUUGCUUUUAGUCUCCAGUAACGCAGAUCAGUGAUCAGAGGUUACAAUGUUAGGUAACUGGGCAAAAAGCCAGUGAUUUUUCAUGCAACGUGUUUAGAUCUAGAAUGUGCUCCCUAGGAAGCAGAUUCACUCACGAUAAAGAAUUUGGGUUAAAAAGGGGAAGUUUUUCCGAUCUCUGGGAAAGAGCUCAGUAUAUUUCAGAGAACAGCAAAGGCACAAGGAGCCAAUUGGGCUCUAGCAGUGUAGGAUUCCACAAUCGUCUGUGACAGGUUUGUGUCCCAGUUAAAAACAGGAGACCCUGACUUCUAACCCUGACCACAUGGAAGCAAAUAACUCAUUUUAUCAUGUGUUCUAGUGCUUAAUAGUAAGGAUCUAUUGGGCUGCCUUAAUCCACUUAUUAUUCUGUAACUAGACUGGAGCUGAAGCGUCGGACAACUGUGUCACCUGCUUUUUCUACUGAAUGAAUCAAAUUUACACUUGGGGCAAAAUCUCAUUUCAGAUUUGGGACAAUAGUGUGUUAGAUGCAUUUGAAAGCAUUUGCACAAUUAGUUCAGGUCAAUCAUAUUCUAUGUCACUCAUUAAUCUGCUCUCUUGAGAUAUUGGAACUGUCCUACAUUGCCCAACAAGGCCAGUAUUUUACUGGCGAGGUGUCCUGUUGUCGGUUGUGAUCAGACUGUUAUGGACAUGCUGUAAUUUUCUUUCGAUGUCUGUAACAAAAGAAUAAAAUAGUGAAUCCUGAAUUGAUCAAAUCUGGAUUGAAUGUAUUUUGUUUACUAAAGUCACUGAUUUGAUGUGACUGUCAGUGUUUUCUACCACCUACUUCCAACCCACCCUCUUACUGGUAUCAUCGCAGGCAAGUACCAAC